UCCGGCGGAAGUGCCGGGGGCCAGGCGGAAGCGGCGACGUAGGCGGCGGGAGGCUCAGGUGGGUGCCGGUGGCCGGGCGCUGGCAGAAUUAAGAUGCUCUGGUUUCAAGGAAAUAGCUUGCAACUUGCCAAGUACUCCUUUCGACUCAUCUUGAGGAAUCUCUCUGCCUCUAAGACUGCUCUGCCUGUGCUGACCUUAUUCACAAAGGAUCCAUGUCCCCUUUGUGAUGAAGCCAAGGAAGUACUGGAGCCUUAUAAAAACAGAUUUAUUUUACAGGAGGUGGACAUCACACUUCCAGAAAACUCUGCGUGGUGUGAAAGGUAUAAAUUUGACAUCCCCGUCUUUCAUUUGAAUGGCCAGUUUCUGAUGAUGCAUCGAGUAAACAUCUCAAAACUUGAAAAACAGCUCCAGAAAUUAGAGCAGCAAGGUGCCUGAGGCUGACGAACACCCUCAUGAUUUUCCACCCUCUCUGGCCCGCAGGCAUCUUCCUGAGGAAAUGACCAUGGCCUCAUACUCUUUUUGUCACUUUCACACAGCCCUAAGGAUGUUCUGAACUCAGUGGUGCCAAAUAAAUGUUGAUAUUCCUCUCCUGAUUGAUGGAGGUACCAAUGUGGGCACUGUUUACCUGUUGGCAUUUUAUAAACUAAGAGGAGUGUAUUGGUAGGGAGGAGAUGAUGGAGGGCAGAAGAAGUCCAUUUGUUUUAUUUACUUUUAUCUUUUGUAUUAAUAUGGAAGCAUUUCAUAUUCACUGGACGGUGCCGUUUAUAGGAAGAAGGCUCUGUGUUUCUCCUGCUGCCCUAAGGGCUUAACUUUUUAAUGAAAGAAUAAAUGCUCCUCCAUUCAGUAGAUAAAGUGAAAUGUGAAUUGUUAAUAACUGCACAGUCAAUAAAGGGAUGUCUUAACAAAUA